AUCCAUCGCAUAGGUCAUCACAUCUCGGAAGUUCGGGACAAUACCACCCGUCAGUCACCAUGCACACCAAGGCUCUUCUUCUCGCCUCCAUCCCCGCGGCUACGGCUGCCGAGACCAUCCUCGGUGCCUACAUCUUCAGCCGCCACGGUGACCGCACCACCAAGGCCUACUCUCCAACGAAGCUUACUGCUCUCGGUGCUGAGCAAGUCUACCUCUCCGGCUCUUGGUAUCGCUCCCGCUACAUCGACGAGAAGUCCUCCACCCGCAUCAACGGCAUCUCGUCCGACCUCGCCGAUCUCACUGAGCUCGCCGUCACUGCGCCCGCCGACAAUGUUCUCCAGGGUAGCGCUGGCUUUUUCCUCCAGGGCUUGUACCCUCCUGCUGGCUCUGUCAACUCUCAGAAGCUCGCCAAUGGCACCACGAUCGAAGCUCCUCUGAGCGGAUACCAGUACAUUCCCGUCAACUCUGCGACAGUGACGAGCCGCGGCAGCAACCAGGCCGAGUCUAGUGCCUGGCUGCAGGGAAACAGCGGGUGUCCAGCUGCCGUGAACAGCAGCCAGGCGUAUUUCCAGAGCAAGGAGUACCUCGAGCUUCUGGGGAGCACCAAGGAGUUCUACCAGAGCUUGUUGCCUGUUUAUGAGUCAACCUUCCCCAGCGAGAGUGCCACCUUCAAGAACGCUUAUAGCAUCUUCGACUACAUCCACGUCUCCACCAUCCACAACGCCUCCAUCCCUUCCUCCAACCUUCUCACCCCUUCUAACCUCCAAACCCUCUCCGACCUCGCCAACAUCCACGAGUUCGGUCUCGGCUACAAUGCCUCGUCGCCCAUCCGCGCCGUCGCCGGCUCCGUCUUGGCGUCGCACAUUGUCUCCACCCUCAACUCCUCCAUCUCUUCUUCUUCUUCUCAAAAGCUUAACAUCCAAUUCGGCCCCUACGGCACUUUCGGCUCCUUCUUCGGCCUCUCUCAGCUUCCUUCCGUGUCGCCGGACUUCACCGCCAUUGUCGACUAUGCCAGCUCCAUGACUUUUGAGCUUUUUACUACUUCUUCUUCCUCUUCUCCUUCGGAGAACGAGGUCUCUGUCCGUUUCUUGUUCGCCAACGGUACUGCCUCGGACAGCAACCCCGCCAAGGUAUACCCCUUGUUCGGCCAGGACAAGACGGAGUUGCCGUGGACGACUUUUGUGAGCGAGAUGAACAAGAUUGCGCUCGAGGGAGGCAGCAAGGAAUGGUGCGAUGCUUGUGGAGAGAAGACGGGAGAGUGUGCUGAUUACUACCCUGCGGAGUCCGCUGGUGUUGCUGCUGCUGCUAAGAGUGGCAGUGGAAUGAGCAAUGCUGUUGCUGGUGUUAUUGGUGCUAUGGUUACCCUGGGUGUGGUGCUUGGUCUGCAGGCUCUGAUCUUGGGCGUAGGUGGACUGAGGUUGACUAAGAGGAGAAAGCAGGAUCCCAGUGAAGUUUUCCAGGUUCCGGCUGGCAAGACUAGCUUUUCGGAUACUUCGUCUACUCAGAAGGCUUAAAUCGGAGGGGACGGUUGGGGUAGUUGUCGACGUUGAUGCUGAUAUGAUGACAUGAUAUGUUAUGAGAAAAUAGCGAGCAAAAGGGGGGAGUUCAGGGAGUGAACAGCAGCUACUCGCUUGGGACGAAAUCAAAUAAAGAUUCUUAAAUAAUGUUGAUGGCCG